AACUUCCGUAAGCGCCUGAAUUUGAAAAUCAAAAUCAGAGUUGUCAACACAUCGCGUCUUAUUUUGUACUAGUUUCAGUAUUUGGUUCGGCAGAAUGGAGCCGCGGGUGAAGUUUUUCCAAAAGUUGCGGCACUUGGCUGGACAUCUGGAGAAGGAAACCGAAAACCUCAAAGAGAUAGCAGAAACAAAAAACAGCGAUGACACGUCAGAAGAAGGUUGCCUGUCAACUCUGCAUAAGCUAAAAUCAGACGUGCGAGACGUUAAGAUGAAGAUGCAGCAGGGGAUGGCGAAGUGUCGAGAGGAGAUGGUGCAGGAUUUGAGCUUUAUAGAGGCAUGGACUAAAAAGAGGGAGGAACUGAGAGACGCCCUUGACACAAUGCGCAUCCGCUAUGAACAGUAUGGCUACAUGCCCAGGGAGCCAGCACCGAAACCACCAGAAUGUGAGAAAGUGGGAUCUGAAGCGAGGGCAGAAGAUGAGGAAGAGGAGGAGCCGGAGAAGGAGGCUGGGGAGGAAGAGGAGGGUGACGAAGAAGCAGAGGAAGAUGACGACGGCCCAUCUGAGCCAAAGAAAAACAAGCCCCAAGACGAAUGCACCCCGGAUCGCAUAGCCAUCCCCUCUGUCUUCCAGGAGAUGAGCACCCCCAAGCUGGAAGACGUCGGCCUGUCUGAGCUGCACUUUCAGAACAUGAUGAAGAAAUGCGCCAUGGCUGGAGUGGGGCAGACGCCCAUGCCACCGUCACUGCCACGGCCCCCUGUGCAGAACAGACACAAACCCCAAGAGGAGUGCACCCCGGAUCACAUAGCCAUCCCCUCUGACUUCCAGGAGAUGUGCACCCCCAAACUGGAGGAUGUGGGACUGUCAGAGCGGGACCUUCAGAACAUGCUGAGGAACUGUGGUGUGGCCGGCGGGGACGCACCCUUGCCACAGCCCCCGAGGAUAGUCCUCUCACCCGCGGCCACGCUGCCUCCGGUGCCCAAGACGCCCAAGUGCUACCUCAGACUUGACGAGGACAUGCCCACGCCACGCAUCGAGGACUUUGGCAUCUCGGAGUACACGCUCCGGCUCAAUAAUGACUUCACUAUGGACCUACUCCGCGGACAGAAACCUGCAAAAACUGCCGGCAAACCUCAUGCCAGUGAAGUCCCCCGUUUGGCAACCGAAGGUACCGUGGCGUGCACCCCCGUACGGUCCCUUUACAGCUCAGAGUCCCCCCAGAGACCGAGCGAUGACCUCACCUCCCCGGAAGUCCCCACCUUCCAGACGCCCUAUCUCUCCAGGCUCAUGAGUGUCCACAAGGAGGCAAAGUCGAAAGACUUAACCUCUAUCCAGAUGACAGGGCUGAGUGAUUGCGACGAUGGGGCCCACCUGGAGUCCCCCCACAGGGAGGCCGAUGACAUGAACUCUCCCGAAGUCCCCACCUUCCAGACACCAUAUCUGUCCAAACUCAUGAGUGUUCACAAGGAGGCAAAAUCGAAGACUAAAGACAUGAGCGGGCCGAUGGCAGGACUGUGCGGCUGUGCCUCUGUGACGUCUCCGCAUCACAACGCGUCCCACCACUACGGCGCGGUGACACGGGAUGAGGACGUACCCGACUUGGAGAGCAGGCUGACCUGUGAGGAUGACCUGCAGCGCACGCCAGAGAUGCCCGUCCUGCAGUCUUCCCUGGGCAUCUCGCUGCAGACCCAAUAUUCAACGUUUGAGGCGCGUAGCCUGUCUGUGAUCAGCAGGCCGGGGGAAGCGGCAGCGGGCGCUCCAGGCCCGUGUGCCGCGGACCCCCAUGAGAGCCAGACGCAGGAGUGGAGCCUGGCCAGCCCACGGGUCAGGAUGGACUACGAGUACGACGCCCGCACCCCGGAGAUGCCCGACAUGAGCUCCAUUACACAGGACAUCUUUAAGCUGGUGUCCCAGUGCAACACUGAGAUGAAGUCAGCGGCCGCUGGCCAGCCACCCCUCCUCAAAACAGCACAGCAGACCAAAACGUCUGGAAAGGAGAACCGACUUGUCACACACUCUCAGAACUUAGCCCUGGUGACAGAGAUGGAGUUUGGCACCCUGACUGCCUACCUCAAGCAGGUCCCCCUCCACAGGCUGAACGAUGCCAUCCACGAAAUAAACAACGCCCUGCUCCAGAGGCAUCAUGGAAGCCAUUCAGGGUCCAAGGAGUUCCUGACCUCUGAGUUGAGGUGCAUCAUGGGUAGCGGGGCCAAUCCGUCGCUGGUGAUGAUGUGUCUGAUUGAGCUGAAGAGGGUGCAGCAUGUCCACGGGGCAGGAAACGACGCCUUGUACCGGCUGUUGCCAACACACGCGUGAACUAAGCAGGCAGUUUAGCUUAGCGCUGUACAUAAGCAUGAGGUAGGGUGCUAACCAUCACCAGGCCUGACCAUAGAUUAGAGGUGUCACGGCCCCCUUUUACUCAUGGCAAUCCUGCCAACCAUUACUGACAUCAAUGGGGAAGAGGCUCACCUCUGUCAAAAAUGGCUUAAUAUUGUGAAAUUUCCCAUCGACACACUUGACAAAGACGAUAGUUGAAAUGUGCUACUAAAUACCUACCUAAGUAAUAUGAACUGAUUUUAACAUUUAUUUUAUUGAUUUGUAUGAUUUAAGUAGAUAUUUAGCCUGACAUUUCAAAUCAGGUCCUUUAUUAAUGUGCCAUUUCAUAUUCGGACAUUUUUUGACAGAGGUGGGUAUGUUCUCAAUGAGUAUGCAUUGAUUGAAGAGCACAGGUAUACCUACACAAGAUUAAGUCUGUGCUUGCCAUUUUCUUGUGCUGUUGCAAAUUGCCGUGACACCUCUAGUCUUAUGUUCUACCACUAUGGGCCUGACCCACUGGGCCAUUUUGUCUAACUUGUUUUGGGUGGGUUGUAAUGCUCAAUGUAUUUUUUUUCAUUUCCAGCAUUUUUUUUGCUUUCUGUUGCUGUUUUAUAUGUGUUUUGUGUGUUACCGUUUAAUCAAUGUUGUGUCAUAAGUGUAUUAAAUUAUACAUCAUAUGUGACUAGCCACAGAAAACAGGUCACAAGAAGGCCCAGGCAAAACUGAGAACAUUUCAAAAAUAUUUUUUUUUCUGGCUUUUUUUUCAUAAUCUGGAAAUUGAGGUCUUUAAGAAGCUACUCAAAACAGUAUUGUGUAAAAGCAUACAGUAUAUUUGUCUUUAAAUGGGCUAGCUUUAUGUCUUCUAUGAUCAAGAGGAACUUUUAGAGCAAAAUGUAGUUUUCUAUUUUAAGAAGUUAACACAUUCAAAAGCCCACAACUUCACCAGAUCACCAGGGAUCAUUGUAAAGCUUAAUAUCAGAAUCUGAUUAACUCUGUGCCCCCAGGCCUACUUUGCGGCCCGUUUUCUUGUGGCAAUUCACAUUUUUCUGUUGUAUUUGUCGCCUAAAUUUUAAAUGUCACAAUGUCCAUGUCUUUUAAACUGUAUAUAUAUGUUCACGUAUAUUUUGGAAAAUUUGUCUCAGCAUUGGCUGGAAAUUCUUAAAUGAAUUAAAAAAA